AGUCGCUCCUCGCAGCAGCGCCAGCAGUCGAUCGACUCGCUCGCAGCCGCCGCCGUCGCGCGAGCCCUCCGUCCCCAUGGAGCCGAGGAUUGUCCGCAAGGACGCCAACGGCCGCCCCACCUCCAACGGCCACGGCCACCACAAGGCGGCCGCCGCUGGCCGCUGCUCACGCUUCGUUCAGCGCAUGAGGCUCGAGACUGCUUUUUACAAAUUGGGACGACUGAUUGGAGCGCAUCCUGUUCUAGUUUUGGCCGCCUCGGUGGCUCUUUGCGGCCUCACGAGCAUCGGUCUCAUGUUCUGGAGGCAGCAGCUCAAUGACUUGGAGCUUUUUCUGCCCGAAGAUUCGCCAAUUCGGCGAGACGCCGCGUGGGUCGACAAAUGGUUCUCAGAGGAAAUGGUCUUCGAGAGCGUCAUUGUGGUCGCAGACAACGUACUUGACCAAGAGGUCAUUCGCACGAUCGCGGAGCUGCACGAAGAUGUACGCAACAUCAACGUGACCGGCGGCGUCACCUGGGACGACUUGUGCGCCAGGGUUCUUGUUUGGAUGGAUGCAGAAGGCGAUGAGAAUGUUGUGAGUCUGGUAAAGCAGUACAACGAGCAUGGCAAUGACUGCAUCCAGGAGUCAAUUUUGGCCCUGUGGUCUGACGCUUCAUCCGCAGCAGCCGCGUCACAGGAAGAGAUUUUUGAAAAAUUCACAUCAGCUCUGAACAAUUCGAACUCGCAGGGAAUAGGCACGUUCAAGGGGGUGCGCCACCUGCUGUCAGGGGUCACGUACUCCGAGGACGGUGUUGUCACUGGCGCCACUGCCACUAUUCUCACCUACUCACUUAAAAAAGGCAACGCUGAUGGAUUAGCGUGGGAGGAGGAGUUUAUGAAAGUAAUUCACUCCAACAACCGAACACUUCCACCUUCGGUUGAAAUUUUCGCUCUGGCUAACCGAAGCUACAAUGAUGCUUUGCAGGAGGUCCUCGAUAGCAAUCUGACGGUUCUAUUUUCAGGUUUCUCUUUGAUUGUGGUCUACGUUGUGGCUAUGAUGGGUCGGGCCAACCGGUUGGAGAACCGCGUCUACCUGGCCCUUUCGGGAGGACUAACCGUGCCGAUGGCCAUCGCCGCCUCGUUUGGUUUCUGCUUCAGCCUCAACUACCACUACGGCCCCAUUCACCCCAUUCUGCCCUUUUUGCUGCUCGGAGUGGGCGUAGACGACAUGUUCAUCAUUGUCCAGGCCCUCGACGACCUCACCCCUGCCGAGAAGGAACUGUCUGUACCUGAAAGGGUCGGACGGGCGCUAAGACACGCCGGCUCUUCAGUCACUGUCACUUCCCUCACCAACAUUGUUGCUUUCGCCGUCGGCGCCAAUACGAAAAUGCCAACUUUCAAGUCAUUCUGCUUUUUCGCCUCGAUGGGCAUCCUGUUCCUGUACAUCUUCGUGUUGACCUUUUUUGUGGGCUGCGUCACCCUGGACGAGCGGCGCCGCAAGGCGAACCGCGACGGCUGCCUGCCGUGCGUGGUGCGCGAGGACCUGAGCUCGAACGAGUGCAGCCAACACGACCACCAGAAGGCCUUUUUCCACCGCGUGUUUGCCCCGUGCCUCAUGAAGACCCCCGUCAAGGUGCUGGUGAUUUUGACGACCCUGACCCUGGUGGGCUUCAACGCCUACAGCGCCUUUCAAGUCGAGCAGAAAUUCGACCCCGUCCUUUACCUCAGGAAUGACUCGUACCCCCGCCAGUUCCAGGAGGCACUCAAAAGCUACUUCCCCAAACUGGGCCAGCGAGGUGGAAUUUAUAUAGGCGCCAUCGACUAUUUUGAGCAGCAAGAGGCACUUUUGCAACUAGCAGAAUCUCUACGGCAGAAUCCGUACAUCAACUCAGACAACUUUGGCUUCUGGCUGAUUGACUUCACUCACUGGAUGAAGGUCAACAGUUACGAGCCGGAAGACUAUAGGGAAUUCCGCAGCUACCUAGCUGAGUUUCUUUUCACCACUGACCAAGGAUACCCCCAUAUCAAAGAUGUCAAAAUUCGUGGUUUCCCCUUUCACGAGUACGAGAUUUUGGCCACUCGCAUCCCUAUCCAACACGUGCUGUUGAAUGGCGCGUGGCAGCAGGCAGAGGCCAUGACCUCUGUGCACACAGAAUUGGCCGCUGCGCCUUUUGCCGCCAACACGGUGGCUUUUGCAAAGGAGUAUGUGAGCUGGACGGCUAAUCAAAUUAUUGGAGAGGAGCUGCUCAGGAACUUUGCGUUCACCCUGACGGCUGUUUCCGGGGUAACUGUUUUGCUCAUCCGAGACUUAGUGACCUCAGCGUCGGUGAUUGCGUGCGUAGUUUGCACCCUGGUGGGUCUCGUCGGCUCGAUGGUUCUCUUCGGCCUCACAGUUGAGAUCACAACAUCAAUCGUAGUGACCCUUUGCGUUGGUCUAGCGGUCGACUACUCUGCCCAUGUGGGACACAAGUUCGCCACCCUCAAAGGAGGCCGCGAACAACGCGCGCGGGACACCCUCGAACUUGUGGGACCACCUGUGUUCAACGGGGGCUUCAGCACCUUUCUCGCGUUUGUCAUGCUCGGAUUCAGCGACUCGUUCAUCUUCACCACCUUUUUCAAGCUCUUCUUCAGCGUGGUGGUGUAUGGACUUUUCCACGGGCUUAUUUUCCUGCCCGUAGUGCUCAGCAUUCUGGGCCCAAGUGACUCUUCAGGGCCCUCAGACCAAGUCUACACAGUUCCUGUACAAAAUGGCUCCGCCCACCUAGAAAUGAAAGUGGGAUCCCGAAGACGAUGUGAAACAGAAGAGCUUCAGCGGCAGCCGCUGGCGGACUCUCUGCCCUGAAAAGCACAAGCCCAGUGAUGCUCUCAGGUCCCAUGUGACUCGACCGUGCUCUAGUCCCUGCCAAAAAUUCCCUCUAAUUUUUGGAUCUCUCUUGACGCAAUAAAUGAUAUUAUUGCUGUAUUUAUUAUGUGCAGUAUGCAAGCAAAUUUAUAUUUAAUUUGUGGUAUUAAUUGACAAGAUCUGCAUUGUAUGAUUAUAAUUUUAUGGUCGGCCAACAUUUUCGUAAUAAAAUGCCUAAUAACCAAGAAAAGAGGUGUUUUUU